UUUUAAACAUUACUUCGAUUUGGAUUAGUUUUUGCAAUACUUCUACAAAUGUAAUAGAGUUGUCCGGCUUUCCUUUUCCUUUCCAUAACAUUUCCUGAUAAAUUUUCAUCAAAUUUUGCUUCUUUCAAUUAUUUUGAGUUGUGUAGCGGAGCCUUAAGACUUCCCAGCUGUCAAACGUGCUGACACACCCAAACGUCACUUCAAAACCCCGCGCAUUUCAAACAAUGUUGUUAGAAACAAACACGGAGCGGUGCGUUUGUGUUGUUUUGGAAAGUAUAUUUUUAAGUUAAUCGUACGUUUUAUUGAAAGUGAAAUGAGUGCAUACUUUGCGGAUAUCGAUGCCGUCUGUUCAACGCUCGGUUGGAUGGAUGGCGAUGUGUACAAGAUGGAUCCGGAGGCGGUACAGGGGUUGAAGCAUCUGAUUUGGAUUCUGAAGCAGGACAGACCUUCGCACGAAUGUCGUCGUUACAUUGGCGGUAAACGAAUUGUGCAGACCGAUCUAAUUCCAAUGGUUAUCAGCAAUUUCGACAAACCAGAUGUGGUCGAUGUAUUGCUACGACUGCUCGUCAAUUUGUCCUUUCCCACGCUGCUUCUAUACAACGGAAACUAUCCGCGUGAUGCAGUGGAGCAAAGAAAAUUCAUCCGACUUAUAGAGAUCUGCGAGGAGUACAAGGAAGCGUUUUCAUUGAAAAGUUUCUGGUCGGUGUUGGGUGAUCGGUUGGAAAAGAUUCUCCAUACGGAUUGGGCAUUGCGCAGCGAAGCGGAUGGGCUUAUUAUCGAACGUAUUCUGGUGCUGAUUCGAAAUGUGCUUCAAGUGCCGGCGAACGUGGAAAGAGAGAAACGCUUCGAUAACGAUGCGAGCCAGCACGAUUGUUUGCUGUGGGCGCUACAUCAAGCCGGCAUACUGGACAUCAUACUGUACGUUCUUGGUUCGCCGCACGAAAACCGUUUCCUCAUACAUACGCUCGAGAUUUUAAGUCUUGCUUAUCGCGAACAAACGGCAACUCACCUUGCCGAUGCGACACUGCAGCGCACCAACAUCGAGAAGAAAACGGAUGAACUGUUGUUGAUCAAAGCGAGACAACCGUCGGCGGCAAUGACGGCCGCACGCCGAAAACCAACCUCAAUGCGCCAUUCGUGGUUUCGUGGCACAUAUACCUACAACAAUUUGAAAUCCGUCUCAGACAGUGACGCCGUUUGCCAUCAAUCGUUGGGUAAGAUAAUGCGGAUGGAAUUCAGCGCCGAGAAGCAUCGCCAAAAGGUAUCUUUCCGGCAAGCGAAAGAAACGGAAAAGCUCGAACGGAAGAGCAUCUUCUCAGUGCGUCUGUUUCUGCGCGAGUACUGCAUGGAGAUACUGCGUGUGUACAACAAUAUGGUGCGACAGGCUCGUCGCCAUCUAGACCAGCAUGGAACAUCCGUUUCGGAAUUCCAUGACGAUUCGUAUCUCCUGUGGGCCAUACGGUUCUUUCUCGAAUUUAAUCGACACUGCGGGUUCAAGAUUGAACUGGUGAGUGAAUCACUAAGUGUCGAUACUUUCCACUGGACCAUCACGCGUAUGGAAACGUACACCGAAAGCAUUGUCUCAGAUAAAACGCGCAAAUCGAUCUGGGCUCGUCGGCUUCAUCUGACUGUGCAGACGUACCGGGAGCUGCUAAACAAUAUGCACGCACUUGAAAAGAUCAAGGAUCCGAACGCAACCGAGCUGCUGUCCGUGCUACAAAACAACAUUUUCUACGUCGUGGAAUAUCGCGAAACGACAAUACAUCUGUUGACGAACUUCAAAGAAUCUAUCCAUACGCGCGCCUUUCUGCGAGACGUUGUCGAGGUCGCAAAUCUCUUCUUUAGCAUGUUGCAACGCUUCUGCAAAGGUACGGUGCGCGUACAACAACGUGUCAAGGCAAAGCGCAAGAAAACGGCCAAAAAACAAACUCGAAAGGAAAAGUUAGCGGAGGAACAGGAAGAUGCGGAAAAUCUUUGGCUACAAGAAGCACCAACUGUUGCAGCAUUGCUGGAAAACAGCGAGCUGAAGCAAAGUGAUCUUCCAACACCGUUCGACGCUGCAUCAUCCGUUCCAGUGGACGAACAAAAAGGAGAAUGUGUGAAGCGCAUUCAUGCAUUGCUUCGCGACAAGCAGUACGAGCAGGCAAUUAAAAUGUUGUACGCCGCAAGAUCGGUUUGGACGUUGGAUGAUUGCUUUGGCAAUGAAAUUGCCAGCCCGGAUGAGGAUUUGAUAACAAUUCGAGACAUAUUCACCGCAAACCUAUCUUCUGGUACUGAUCGGGAAGAUGAGGAUGUCCAACAGAACGAUUCGGAGGAAGAAGACGAGACAGAAGAAUCAGAAAGACACGUACAUAGCGCGGAAAAAGACUUCAAAUUUGAAGACUUCUCUAAGAGACUCGUAGAUCAUAGAGUGGUAUAUGCAUGUACAACCGUCCUCAACGAUUGGGAAAAGAUUAAAACACCCUGUUUAAAAGCGGCCGUUACACUACUAUACCGGAUUUGUGUUGAGCACAAAAUGCCGUCUAUGCUCUUUCAGAUUUCCCUGUUGCGUGUAUUCCAGGGUGUAUUAAAUGUACCCGACGACGAUCAUUCACGUGAGUUGCGUCGGCUUGCGAUUCACACAGUGCGCCAACUGCAACAAAAGGUUCUGACUGGUGCGGCCGACGAUGGAGGACUGUUGUUUGCGGAGCUGCUUUUUGCGAAAACGGCUCGUAUCGCUAGCGCCAUGGAAAUUGGUUACGAUGAGGUGUAUGGAGACAGCAAUGGACGUGCGGAAUCUUCCAAGAAGGCUUGGACUGAAGAGCAGGAAGCAGAACUGCACCGCUUGUUUAUGGAAAAUCAAGAAAAUCCUCGCACUGAUCAAGAUGUAAUCGAUUGGUUGCUGGAAAAUCUUAUCGAUCAAACACGCACCCGAAGGGGUGUGAUGAAGAAACUCAGGGAACUGGGCCUUGUCUUUAAGGGUCCAACAAAACGAAGCAAUGCGAACCGACAGCAAAAGGGUUACGGAUGGACGGCGGAAGAAGAUGCCAAACUAGGUGUACUGUAUGAGGAGCUACGUUUAGAUAAAAACCCGCUUAAGAACAUUGCCGAAGGGCUCGGGAAGAAGUUCACAAAACCUGCCAUCGCACGUCGUAUGGUUAGCAUCGGGUUGAUUGCGGAUGUGUCCGAGAUAAUGCCGUCUAAGCGCAAAAAAGAACGAGGUGUUGGAAGUGAUGAAGACGACAAUAACAGCAACACUUCCCAGAACGAUGAAGAUAGUGGCGAGGACGAUUCGGAAGAGGAGGUCGAAAGGAGCGUAAAAGGAAUUCCGAAACUAAAUGAGCCAGACGUUAAGAAACAGCUUAAAGCGCUGGGUAGUGACAUGAAAGAGGCGGUAAAGUGGAUUAUUGCAUGUUUCGGAGAUGUGUUGAGUAUGUAUGAAGAUUCGGACCCUUCGGAAGACACGGAGGGUGGCAUUCCGAUCGUUCCGAUUGAACCGCAUCAAACCGCUGCAUUGAAGAAGGCAGAAUUUAAGCGUUUGCUGCGAUCGCUUGGUGUGAUGGACAGUGGCCGACAGUUCGUGUACCAUCGCAUCCCAUUCAAACUGACGCCGGAAGCUCUGAAAAGGCGAAUUGAAAUACUAACCGAAUUUUGUGAGCGUCCUGCAUCACCCACAACGGAAAAGUCGGAUCAUAUAGAGAAGGAAGGAUAUUUUGUCCCGUCCACGAUGGUUUCUGACGAUGAUUUGGACACAUCUAUUUCGGAAAUGUCUUUAAACAAGCCAGCCGGAAAUAGAACGGUUGAGAAACCACACUCAGAAAACGAACGACGAUCCAUGUCCCCACUUAUGGUAUCGGAAGAUGAGCUUGAGGCCGAUCUUACUACUGGCGGACCAGAAAGCAACCGAUCGGUUCCUGCAACCGUAGCAGUAUCAGAGGAUGAAUCCAAUGAGGCAGCUUCAAAUCAAGCUUUCAGUACCAUUUCCUCCAAACGUACCCGAUCUGACUCAUCCGAUUCGGCAGCGGAUUUACCGGUGAUACAUCGACGCAAAAAGGUAAAUCGUGUAAAGGUACAGAAAGUACAACCAGAAAAGGAACGAAUGCUCGUGGUUUCUGAAGAUGACAGUGAUACGAUGGCUCCGAAGCAAUCAACCUCACGGCUUGUAGUGUCAGAUGAUGAAUCUGAUAAGGAGGUUUCGGUGGGAGUAACCGCUGAAAUGCCCUCCCAAUCGGAGUUGCUGCAGGAGGAAAGGACUACAACUCAGAAGGUACGCCGAAGAGCCGUCAUCAGUAGCGACGAGGACUGACGAGGAGGAGGAGGAGGAGGAGGAGGAGUAGUGAUGUAAAAUUGACCGGUUAUCUAUUUAAAUCAAACGUUUCUCGAGUUUUGUUUAUGUAUGUAAGUAAAUAAUACUAGGUAUUCUAAUAAAACGAAAAAGAUUAACAGGAUGAAAAUGGAUGUGUCUCAGAUUUUCGUCCUUC